GAAAGCAAAAUGGCGGAUGAAGAUGUUACGCUGAAUGGUAAACCUCUACAAUCGCUCCGUGUGGCAGACUUGAAAGCCGCUUUGGAGCAACGAUGCCUCCCUAAAAGCGGGGCGAAAAAUACACUCAUUAAGCGACUGAAAGGGGCUCUAAUGUUGGAGAAUCUUCAGAGGACCUCCACUCCCCAUAUUGGGCUCCAGCCCAACUCCCAGAUUGGGGAGGAGAUGAGCCAAAACAGCUUUAUAAAGCAGUACCUGGCUCAGCAGCAGGAGCUCCUCCGCCAGAGGCUGGAGAGAGAGGCCAGGGAGGCAGCCGAGGCCGACGAAAGCCCAGCGGGCCCUGAGGAGGAGGAGCACACAGAGGAGGGCAACGACAGCGAUUCCUAUAACCCUGACAAGCAUCGCCCCAUGCCCUCCCAGCCCCCACUGACCCGGGCUGAGGAAGAGGGAGGAGGGCCAAUGAUGAUGGGGCACCAGGGCCAAGGGAUGAUGAUGGGGCACCAGGGCCAAGGAAUGAUGAUGGGGAAAGGCCAGGGGAUGAUGUCCCAGGGUAUGGGCCAAGGGAUGAUGUCUCGCAGACCAGACUUUGGCCCAGGCUCUGUGCCUCAGGAGUCUUCUGACGCCCCCGGAGGUCCUGGAUCCUGGAUGCAGCAGCGUCCCUCCCUCCAACAUGGCCUCCACCACGAGGAGCCCACCACCCCCUCCCCGCCACGAGCUGUGGCCUCCCUGUCGGUGCGCGUCCUAGGGGACCCUGAGCGCCAGGGCCUGCCCCCAUCCAUGCCCCCCCGCGCCCAGACCCAGGAGAAGGAAGGCACCGCCCCGGCGGAUGACGACCGACCCGCCCACUCUGUCCUCCACCUCAGCCGCUCCGCCCGGGCAGCAGCUGGCAGUAACAGUGUCCAGGAAGACUGUGACGAUGAUGAUGACAGCAGUGAGGAGGAUGAAGAUGAGUGGGGACCUGCGGUGAGGAGAGGGGGCGGUGGCGGAAGAGGGUUAGCCCCUCCCCCCCAGCCCCAGCAGCCUUCCCCCAGCGUCCCAGCCGCCCGAGAGAGAUCUAGACGCAAGCUUCAGCCUCCGCAACACAUCCCCCCUCAGCAGGUAGUACACCAGCCCCCCAUGCAGCUCCGCCAGCCCACCCCGCCCCCCUCUCCACCCCCAGAGCUCUCCUUCCCCCUCCCCGACACCCCCAAACAGAGCCCGCCUGACAUGGAUGAGGAGCCAGAAGGAGCAGGGGCUGGGGUGUCCGUCCGUCCCCUUCCAGGUGGCCUCCAGAGGCAGGACUCUGACUCCAGCUCCCGAUCCAGCAGCCCAGAGCCCCGAGCCAAGCGACGACCCGGACCCCUCUCCUUGCUGGCUCGCAAGAUGGCGUCUGAGGGCGCUUACGGGAAGAGAGGCGACGGUGCGCCGGCAGACGGCCAGACAGGUCCUCGAGGGGAGGCUUCCAGACCAGGAGAUGGAGUUGGCAGCAGCCCAGGAGCUGGAGCAGGACCGGGGGUUGAGGUGGUCAUGUUCCCUGGGGCUUCUAUCACCCACACAGGAGGCAGCAGCACAGGGCACACAGGAUUUGUCACUGUACCUGAGGUCCCUGCACCAGUGGUUAUGUUUGGAUCAGGAGCCCAGUCCCAUCCUCUCCCUCUGCUGUCUGUGGCAGCUGUCCCCAGCUUAACCCUCACCACCAAGCCCCAGGGUCCAUCUGGAGAGACGGCACAGAAGAAGACAGAGAAAGAAACAAAGCAGGCGGAGGAAAAGGAGAGGAAGAUGAAGCAGGUGGAGAAGGAGAGUCACCUGCCGUCAUGGCAGCGUGGACGUGACUUGACGCUUCCAUCUGCGUCUCCACAAUUUGGGUCUGGGGGUUCAGAGGAGUCUGUGAUGGACCAGGGAGACACUCCGAAAAAGUCACCCUUCGGCAGGGACAAACCCCUCUCCUCCGCUCCCGGCUCAGCCAUGGCGACCACCAGCUCCCCGCCUGCCAUCACCCCCAAGAAGCCCCGCAUGUUCUCCGACACCUCUUCCGGCUCCAUGAUCUCCCCUCCCAAACCUGUGCAGCAGGGGUCAGUGGUGGUGACCACCCCAGGGGAACUCCCAGAACCCCAUGGUGUAUCUGAGAGACCCCAGGUAGUCCUUGUCUCAGGGGCCCAGCAGCACACAGACGACACCAUGGAGGUUACCGCACUGAACAAGGUGUCCGUAGAGAAGCCUGGAUGGAAAGCUGGAGGAGACGAUGAGAAGAUGGAGAAGGAGCGUGCCAGCCUGGCGGAGAAGGAGCGUGCCAGCCUGGCGGAGAAGGAGCGUGCCAGCCUGGCGGAGAAGGAGCGUGCCAGCCUGGCGGAGAAGGAGCGUGCCAGCCUGGCGGAGAAGGAGCGUGCCUGCCUGGCGGAGAAGGAGCGUGCCUGCCUGGCGGAGAAGGAGCGUGCCUGCCUGGCGGAGAAGGAGCGUGCCUGCCUGGCGGAGAAGGAGCGUGCCUGCCUGGCGGAGAAGGAGCGUGCCUGCCUGGCGGAGAAGGAGCGUGCCUGCCUGGCGGAAAAGGAGCGUGCCAGCCUGGCGGAGAAGGAGCGUGCCUGCCUGGCGGAAAAGGAGCGUGCCAGCCAGGCGGAGAAGGGGACUUCUAAACCCGGGGAGACCAAGAGAAGGGGACCUGAAGAGACUGUUGAGGUUGAGCCCAUGGGACCUGUUCUACCCCCUUCUUACCCAGGUAAGGGAGAAGAUGAGAGGAAGGGGAAGGAAGAUGAGAGGAGGAGGAGGAAGGAAGAUGAGAGGAAGAAGGAAGCAGAGCGAGGCAGGCGUGGGGAGAGGGUGAGGCACAGGAGGUCAUCUCCCUCUAGUGGUGGCGACUCUUCAUCCUCGGACUCUGGAUCCUCUUCGUCACGUUCCUCUGGCUCCAUCUCCUCCCGGGACAAAAAAAAGAAGACUGGCACAGGAAAAGGAAGAGGGGAUGAAAAGAGAAGACUGUACAAAGGAGGAGAGAAGAAACAAUCUGCCAGGGAGGUAAAGCAGUCUUCCCUGUCAGAGCCAUCUGGCCCUAUGGAGGUGGAGAGGCCAGACCCAGGCCAGACCCAGCCCACCCCCGUCGGAGACCCACAGAACAGUGAGGGCUGCAUGGAGGAGAGCACCACUCCUAAAGCGUUCGCUGCACGCAAGAUCUCCUUGACCACAGGCAGUAAGACGUCUCCAGAGGGAGGAGCAGCAGCAGCAGGGGGGGAGGCAGAGUCCGGGACCGCCGCUGGGAGGAAGAGGAGGUGGGGAUCCAGCACGGCCGUCAACGCCAAGAAACCAUCCAUCAGCAUCACCACCGACUCACUCAAGUCUCUGAUCCCAGACAUCAAGCCCAGUCAGGAUGCUGUGGUGGAUCUCCACCCUGAUGACAUCCAGUUGUCUGGGGACGAGGACACCACCAGGGAGGACAAGGGCCUCAAGAUCAGACGCACUGUCACACAGGUGGUCCCAAGUGAAAACCAGGAGAAUGGCCAAGGAGAACAAGAUGAAGAUGAAGAGGAGGAGGAGAAGAAACAGGAGCAUGACAGAGAGAGGACACAGAAAGAGAAGAGGAAGGACAGCUACUCAGAAGACACCAUGGAGUCUCAGUCCUCCGCUACGCACGACACCGACGCUAAGAAAGUCACUCCCAGUGAUACGCUGGUGCGUCGCUCCAUCAGCCAGCAGAAGUCAGGUGUGUCUGUCACCAUCGACGACCCGGUUCGCACCGCCAAACAGCCCUCUCCGCCCAGAGGCAAAGUCUCCAACAUCGUCCACGUCUGUAACCUGGUACGACCUUUCACGCUGGGUCAGCUGAAGGAGCUGCUGAACAGGACAGGCUCAGUGGUAGAGGAUAGCUUCUGGAUCGACAAGAUCAAGUCUCACUGCUACGUCACUUACUCCAGCACAGAGGAGGCUGUGGCCACACGAGCUGCGCUCCACGGGGUGAAGUGGCCCCAAAGCAACCCUAAGGUUCUCAGUGUGGACUUCUGUGAGCAGAACGAGCUGGACUUUCACAGAGGCCUACUGACCGUGGAUCCCAGAGAGGAGCACCGCCCCCAGCCUGGUGUGGGUCCUGGAGGUCCCAAAGUCCGACCGGGCGUGCUGCCCCCUCUGAUGGACGGGCGCGGGGACCGCGGCGUGGUCGGAGGGGUGCGGGACCAGUGGGCGGAGAGAGAGAGGGAGAUGGAACGCCGGGAGAGGACCAGGGCGGAACGUGAGUGGGACCGGGACAAGGUUCGAGACUUCGGAGGCAAACCAGGAGAGGAGAGGGAGAGGGGGAGGAGAUCUCGCUCCCUGGAUAGAGAGAGAAGGCGGAAGGAGAGGGACGGCAAGGAGAAGAAGACCGACAAAAAGGAUGAGCCUCCUGCCAAAUUACUAGACGACCUCUUCAAUAAGACCAAAGCAGCUCCCUGUAUAUACUGGCUCCCCCUCACUGAAGAACAGGCAAACCAGAGGGGAAAAGAACGGGAAGAGCGACAGAAAGAACGAGAGAGAAGGCGGAAAGAACAGCAGGAGGAGGAGGACAAGAAGCGAGAGGAGGAGAGAAAGGAGAGAAUUAAAAGCAGAGAGAAGGAGGGAGGAGCUGCGGUAAGCACUGGAAGUGUGAGUGUCCGGGGAUCUGAGGGAGACCGGGAUAGAGAAAGGGAGCGAGGGAGGGAGAGAGAGGGGGAGAAGAGGGACAGUGGUGGAUUCAGACCCAGAGGUCCUGAUACUAAACCCUCUGCUGGGUUCCGACGCUCCCGUAGCCGUAGCAACCCCCGAGACAAACGCCGUUGAGUGUUCAGUUUGACGGAGUGAGAGAUGGGGAGGAAAAAAGGAUGGAUGCAGUCCCUCAUUCAACAUACAAUUGGAACACAGCAGAAAGAGAUUUCUAGUCCCCCUCCUUUACAUUAAAACCACUUCCAUAGUCUUCAGGUUAACAGGCUGUUCCUCUUCUGGCUAUCCUGUCCUUUGUGCCAGGGAGACUCCUAUUUAGAAAACCCCAAAUCCUCACUCAGUAAUGCCGUCUGUCUCUCACAUGUUCAUAAAAAUCUACAUGUAUGGUCACAUGUUGAUAGUUUAGUGAACCGAAAAAUGUCUGCCUCCAAAAUGGCACCCUAUUUCCUAUAUGAAGGCCCCCGUCAAAAGUAGUGUACUAUAUGGGGAAUAGAUACGGUGACAUUUCGCUCUCCCGCUUCCUCCUAUAGCUGUCUCAUCUGUCUCAAGCUUCUCAUACGAAGCAGUCCAGAGGCCUAUUCUGAGCUCUGGAAAUUCUCAUGCGUUUUAACCACAAAUGGAAAGAAAGGGUGGAGGUUUGCCUCAAGGCCUGGAACAGAAUCUUGUUCCACCAAUCUCUGCGGGCACACAGUAAUAAGACUCUUCCCUGUAAUAAUCAAUUUAAAAAUAGCAGCCCAGCUUACCAACCCCCAAAUGUGUUCUAGAAUCAAUUUUAGUAUUUCAAAAUCCAGUGAAGUUAUUUUUUCUACGACCGGUACCAAGGCCCUUUGUAGGGUCAUGUGAAGGUUAUUUUUUCUGCUUUGAUGUUUUAUUAUGAUGAAUCAUGUAAAUCUCAGCCUUGGAUGGUUUUUGUGUGUUCUAGUGUGUGUGUGGUGUGGUGGUGCUCUGCUCUCCCUCUCCACACACUAAGGUUAAAGUUGGUCAUGUGUCAUUACACUGAAAGCAGCAUAUGUUAAAGAAAAUUAGGAAACUGUCUUUUUGCCUUGUCAGAGGGGUAGGGACAUUUUUGUGUGGGGUGGGGUGGGGGACUGAUUUCAUUUAUGCACACUUGGCAUGUAUACUGUUCUUUUUAGGUUGUUUGGGUAGGGGGGGGUCCAAACGCACUGGGAGAAUCUGUGUGGCACGAUGUGAAACUGUCCCAACAUGUGAAACUAUCGCUUUCUUGCUCUCUUCCUUAUUCACUCAGUGUACCCUCGACCCUCCCAGUUCUUUUUGUAAAUGAAUCAGACGAGUUUAACUUAGAUUAUUACUGUUUUAAUAUUGUUUUUAAUUUGUUUGAAACUGAUUCUUAUUUGGCUGUUUUUUUCUCUCCUGUAAGUGCUGAAUGUACAAAGAAUUCAAAAUAAAUGUAAAAGUUUAAAUGUU